AUGGAAGAAGAAGAUUCAUGGCAGGAAGAUCAGUCCAUGCUUGAUGAGGAAAGUAGUUAUGAAGAUGACCAAUGGUCAAAUGAUGGUUCCAACACUGAUUUUGAAGAGGAUCCUUAUGAAGAAGAUCCUGAGCCAGUACCACCAGACCCAUACCAAGAUGAAGACAUCUCUACUGACUGGUCAAGAAAAGAACCAGAAUCAGAAGGUUAUGAAAGUGGUUCAUGGCAAGAAGAGACUGAAGUUAAAAGCUGUCUAGAAAAACCAGAAGAUUGGGAUCAUGAAGCUGAUGAGGACACUCAGUCUCAAUAUGACGCCAAGGAGGACUCAUGGGAGGCUUUAACCCAUACUGAUCCUGAUCAAGACAUAGAAGAAAGGCCAUGGACUGAAGUGCCUUACUCUGAUCCUGAGGCAAGACAAGCAUUGCCCUUAAAUUCUUACCACGAAAAUGGCUCAUGGUGGGAAGAAAUUGAUUCUCCAAUCAGUGAGGAUGAAGCAAGGGAGUAUGGCCACGAUUUUGAGGGCCAAAGAUCCCAAUAUGGCUUGACUGAAGAGGAGGAAGCCUUAAGUGAGACUGGAAGAAAUGUUCAAGAAAUCCAACUUACCUUGGCUGAAGAGGAAGAAGUUGAAAGUGAGGCUGGAAGAAAUAUUAGUGAGCUUAAAAAGCACUCCAUCAAUUUUUCUGGUUAUGGCCAAAGAGAUGAAGAGUACCUAGAGUGGGAGGACGAAAUGGAGACCUUGUUCCAGAGUCACCACGUUCCAGAAGAGGAGAAGCUGUCAUAUGCCACCAAGACACUCACUGGCCCUGCCCUAUACUGGUGGAACAAAGAGCAGUAUACAGUAUGGUACUACCAAGAACCAGAACAUACUUGGGAGAGUUUUAAAUCCGAGAUGCUUAAAGGGUUUGUGAAGAAAAUUUCAGAGCAGGAAUAUCAGUCCCCUGAGAGUGUUGUUCACUCUGGCUACACCCCCACAUCAACCCAAAGCUUCAAGGCUGGAAGCAAGCAAGCACAUCAUAGCCCACAAAAGAUAAAACCGGCUGUAGAGAAGAAAACUAUCAAGAAGCAAGAGGGUUCACAGCUAAGUUCACUCCAGUUGUUAAAGGUACCAGAAACAUCCACCUAUCCAAAGGGAACUUUAACACCAGGGAGAAAGAAGGCUGGAUUUGUUCUUGAGAAAACAGAACCCCAAGCAGAAGAUGAAGCUAUGGUACAAGAUGGACGACCAAAAAAUGCUGAGAAGGUUCAAGAGAGCCAGAAACAGCACCUGUCCUGUCCCCAAAAUGUUGAAGAAGAUGUAAGAAGCAUCAAGAGAACACAUGCUCCCAAAGAGCAAAUCAUUCUUCAACUAGCUGAAACCAUUUGGAUUAUAAGUUUUCAAACACAGAUAUAA